AUCGAGCGUAUACAAUUAUGAAGACUUCAUAACUGAGAAACUCUUGGUAUCAGUGGAUUUCGUCACGUACGUCUACACAGGGUGCAACCCAAGCUAAAACUUAUUUUGCUAAUAACUUAUUAAUUUAUUACGAAUCUUUAAUUAUUUUCAAACUUCAUAUAGUUUUUUGGAUUUUUAAAGAAACUUUAAAGUAUUACAUAAAUUAAACAAACACAAUUAAACUAUUUAAGUCGCCGGGCUCCUCCAAUAAAACAUUGGCAACAUUGUUCUGAAGAAGAAAUGGAAGAAAAUGUAGUUGGAGAUAGUAGAGAAUAUCAAAAGUAAACAAACAAAUUUAUAAACAAUUGUAUAAAAUGUAUGCCGCAGCCGACGAAGAAUAUUUUUGUAAUUAUAAUAGUAGCAACAAUACUGAAAGUAUUUUACCAACAGUGGAACUGAUGGUCAACUUUCGUUUGGAUGGUGAACGUAUGAAGAAGCCUUGCAUUAUUUGUGCCGAGAAGAUUGCAUUCAAAGGAUUGCUUGUAAGUUUUAAAAUAUCGAAAACAAUAAUUUUUUCAACAAAAAUAUAUCAAUUAAAGCAAUUACGGUUGACGGAGAAAAGUGAUCAACGCCGCAUGUACAUUACAACGGUGGAUGGUUGUUCAUUCAAUGAAUUGAAGCAGGAUCAGUCAUUGCAUGUAACAUUUGCUGGUUUCAUAGAGAAUUUGGCAAGAAUGCUUCAAGACUGUAGGUCGGGAAAGCUUGAGUUAGCAUUGGUACAAAAACAGUGCAACUCUGCAGAUGAAUCCAUUAGCUAUCAGUUGCAAUUUAUUGAAAUGCGUAGUUUUAAGAAUCUCAUCCAUUUAUGUCUACCUAGUCGUAUUGCCCCCUUGAAUAUUGUACUAUUCUAUAUGAGCAGCAGGUUUGAUGUCAUACAGAAACGAAAUCAGUCACAAGAAAAUCAAAUACAGGCCUUGCAACAGGAAGUCGACAUGCAUAUGCGUACUAUUGACCAGUUAAAUGCAGAAAAUGGGAAGCUGAGUGAGAAUUUGGUAGAUAACUCAAGAAAUUUAAAUCAACGCCACUCCGAAGAGUUGAAACAUUUGCAAGAAAAUUUGCGUAAAACAGCGGAACAGAAACACAUCGAAAAUGAACGUAGCCAAAAUAAAAUUACAGCACUACAAUUGCAAAUAGACAAGCUAAUUUCUGACAAAAAUAGUAUGCAAGCAGAAAAAAUUAAAGAGCAAAAACACAUUGAGAUCCUAAAGGAUGAAUUAUCUAGCGCUAAAUCACAGAGUUCAACGCUAAAGGAACAAAUUGAAAGGUUGCACGUAGAAAUAUCAUCUUUAAAGAAUACCGAGCGCAAAAACGAGAUGCAUUUAGUGGAUGCUCGAAAUCAUAUUUCUGAGCUUCAAGAAAAAAUUAAAAAAUAUGACAAAGCCAAGGCUGAUGUAGUCGCUGAACUUGAGGCGGAGAAAAAAAUUUCACAAACAAAGCGAAAAGCACUCGAAAUGGCCGCAGAAGAAAUAUCUAAGGCAAAUGAGAUCAUUCUAAAACAAACACAAGAACUUAUAAAACUCAAAAAGACUGUUAGUUGGCGAACCGAGGUUGCACUUCAACAGGAGAAAGCAAUCGGAGAUAAAGAUAAACUACUGCAAUUGCGAGAAAAAGAAUUGUCGCAAGCACGGACUACCAUCGAAGCUUUGCGCGAAGAAAUACCACAGCAAUUGGAUUCUAUGCGAAAAUUUGCUAAUACAUUGGAACGAAAGUAUAGUGAACAAAUCAAUACAUUGCGCGAGAAAUUAAGUUCAACUGGAAAAGAUAAUAUACCACAACAUGUAUCAACUACACCACUGACCUCUACCCGUCGCAAAUAAUCAACUAUUGGUUAUUUCUUUUUGCAAUUUAAAACCCACCGU